CUAAAUGAAUGGAUUUUAAAUACCAAAUGUAAGUGUUCUGUCAGUGUAAACAGAUGAUAUAUUAGUGAGCCGACAUGUUGUAAAUGCUUCAGAUGAAACACUGGAGGACUAGUUUUCUAUUUCAAGAUAACGCUGAGCAUGAAAACUCCAGUCAAGCACACUCACUUAAAAUGUGAUCUACAGAGCAGCACUGAGUUGUGUUGAGAGGCUAAAGCAAAUUGAUCAAGACAUUACAAAGAUGGAUACAGAAGACUUUACUCGGUCUGAUGUCGACGCUGAAAUGACAGUGUUGUCUUCUGAAGAUACUCCUGUGGAAAAUCUCAAUGCCAGUGAUGAAGUGGAAGACCUCCACAACAGUUUACGUGAGGCUGUCCAUGAUGACAAUGUCCGGCCCAAGAUGCAAUGCCUGAUGAUGGACUCUUCUUUCUCCAUGGUGACUAUGCAAGGUGAGGACAGUGGCAUCAAGUGGGAGACAACCCCCAGUCGCUGCACUACCCCAUGGGAAGCCGGGAACCCCCCAGCAGACCUCAACUCUCCAGUGACAGUAGGGCCUGCAAGUCCGGUGUCUCCUCCGGCAGGCAAGAUUAUCUUUGUCAUGGAUGAAGGGCUCAUUUCAAGACAGAAGAAAGCUAAAGAGAGAACAAGUAGUCAGAAGACCAAAAGACCACAAGAAGUCUUCCUAGGAAGUUCUGAAAACAUCUCGGGAAGGCCAGAAUUAAUAAGCUUCUCUCAGCCCAAUGUCAAGGAUGAAGAAGAAGAAAAUGAAGAGGAAGUGACCGAUCCCUCAGCAGAUAAGGAGCAACGACUGUUCAGGUUGGUGUCUGAAGGCUCUGAAAUCCUCAACAUCGUCGUUCCUCCUAAACUAGUUUCGGUAGAUGAAGAGGUUAGUAAGGAAAUGGUGGACAAUCUGUCUUAUCUGGAGGAGAGCCCUGUCACUAAAGCCAGUGAGGAGACCCAUGAUGAGGUCUUUGAGCCAGAGAUUUUACCACCUGCUCCAACAGGACUGCGUUCACCUUCCUCAGGUCCACAAGGAAUGGAUCCUCCAGGAGCUCCAGUGUCCAGACCUCCUCCACUUAGAGGGGCGGCUGGUAAUGUAGAUUACUUUGAGGCGUUCAGCCUUAUUGAUGCCCAGGCUCCAGGAAGUCCAGCUGUGGCCACCCAGGGGGAGGUGAAACCAGAGGCAGAAGACAAUGCUGGGAUCCAGGAUGCAGAGACACUGGGGCAGGCUACAGGUGCCAGCACCACCCCACCAUCAAGGUUAUCUGUGGAGAGUGAAAAGGCAGAUACCAUCAGUCUAGAAGAAAUGACCAGUGAACUUCUGGAUGACGUCUUCUAUGGUGGAACCGAUGACUACAUGAAAACUUCUCGAGAAGGAGAUAAGAUGGGUCUGGGUGCACUCACUAGGGUCCCUUCAAAACCCAGUGGGUCCACACUGUUUGGAAGUCAAGAGGACAUUUUGACACCAAUCUUUCUACCAGAAGGACCACCCAAAAUUAUCGAUCCAAUUUUGCUGGAGGAGCCCAAAGCCAUGGCCUUCCUUUACACUGACCUUUACGAGGAGGCGAUCGGCAGUCGAAAAAAAGAAGACGACACAGAAAGUUUGACCUCUGAGAAAUCCUUCCACAGCAGACAUUCAGACCGAGAAGCCAGAGGAUACCUGGAGAAGUACAUGCUUAUAGAUGAGACUCCUGUAGUGGAAGUUGAACCGGCUAAAAAAGAACAAUGCCCCGAAGAAGGACCGCGGACAUUGUACCAAGAUUUAUAUGACUUUGCCAGUGUUUCCAAACCUGAAAAACACCAAAUGCCAAACUCAGAGGAGGAAGUCACAGACUUCUUCAGGUCCAGUGCUAAUUCUUCUCCAUGUGACGUAGAGCCUUUCCCUCGAUCGCUGGAAGAGGAUGAAGCCCAAACAGCACCAAAGACAAAAGCAAAGACAAACAAAAACGUCUCUAUUAAUGUAGAAAAAGCUGUUGAGAACCCAGUAGAUCCACUUGGGGAUGUGUCCUUAGAAGAACCUGACUGGGGAGGUACAGACCUUGAUGACAAAGAUGACAUUGUGUACAAGGGUCAGGAUUUGUGGAAACAGGACACGGAAAUGGAAAGACCAGUUGCUCCUCCCAGGAAAAAGGCACCAUCGUCUCCUAAGGCAUGUCUGGACCUAACACCUCUGACUCCAGUUGAUGUAGAAGAGGAAAAAGAAGAGGCUGGAGGAAAAGAACAGAGGGAAGAGGAGAAAGAGACAGCAUCUCCACCAGAGACUGCUGAUGAGGGAGAGGGAGAUGGAGAGGAGACCACAAAGGCCUCCACUAAUGUCCCUCUACUGCAAGAUACAGUAGCUGCAGAGGAAAUGGAGUCCCCACAAACUGAAGGUGUGGAAGAAGGAAAUGAAAUAUCUGCUGGAGCAAUAAUACAGAGUGUAGAUGAGGAGAAAGACAAUACAAUGGCUGAUGGGAAGACUGAAACAACAACAGAACAAACUGCAGCAGAAGAGAUUGAUACGGUGUCAUCAGAACCUGCAAAAACAGAGACACAGGAAGAAACAGUCUUAGCUAGUGAACCACCCAAAAGCAAAGGACAGUGCAUAAUCCUUUAGAGCAGCUGGAAUGACUUCAGUGUGUUUAAUUGUACAGUGCUAAUGUGUCCUUGUUCUUAUGUCAGAAGGAAUUUGUCUAUGUUCUCCAAGUUUUCUGACUUGAUGUAUAUUCUCAGAACUAUACAGAUAUAACUACUAUUUGUGAAUAACUUGGCAUGCCUAAUUGUUAGAAUUUCUACCCACUCAUACCUAACUACCCUCAUACUACAUGAAUUCAAACGUCUUAUUAGUUCUUCACUAUUAGAUAUACUAUAUGCAAUAUCCAAAUUAUGCUAAUUUGUGAAACUACGAGUAAUGUUUAUGUCUGUCUCAGUAGACAGAUGACCAUAGUGCAUGAAUUAAAGUGCAGUUGAAGGGAUCGGUUUGGGUCAUGGUGUGAAUAAAAAGGGAGAGUACAUGUGUCUGUUUGUGUGACAGUAGGGUGUAUCUUCAGCUAUAAAUAAGCCUCUCCGACUGUUAACCUGACACCCUGCCUCAACUAGGAGUCUAUGUACUGUGCACCAUCUUGUAAACAUGCAAACUUGGUGUGUAAUAUGUGCAAAUGCGCAUGCUGCUGCAUUGACUGAAAACACGUAUUCAAACAUAUUUUAACUAUUUUCCUCUUUUAGUGCUACAUGUUUCCUGAGAUUGC